AUGAGCACCAUCUUCAGUAAAACGAUCUUCAAUGAGCUGCGUCGGGAGGGGACGCUGUGCGACGCUGUGAUCCGAGUGGAGGACGUUGGCUUCAGAGUCCACAGGAUCGUCCUCUGCAACAGCAGCACCUUCUUCAGAGAACUCUUCUGCAAUUUAUCUGGACCAUCGGAGCAUCAGGUCUUCAGCUUCUCACAGGUCUCCCCCAUCACCAUGAGCCUCAUCCUGGACUUCAUCUACACCGGCUCCAUGGUGGUGACGGAGGAGAACGUUCUGGAGCUGUUGGCCGGAGCAGAGAGCUUCUCCGUCGGGGGCGUCAUGAAGGCCUGCUGCCUCUUCCUGGAGCAGAGACUCAACACCAAGAACUGCGUCCACAUCUGGAUGGUGGCGGAGUUCCACACAUGUCCCAAGCUGAGGCAGAAGGCCUACCUGUUCGUGCUGCAUCACUUUAAGGAGGUGGCGGGCUUCUCUGUGAAGUUCCUGCAGCUCUCCGUGCAGCAGCUGGCAGAUCUCAUCGAGCAGGACGAGCUGAAUGUGAAGCAGGAGAGCAUCGUGUUCGAGGCGGUGCAGCGCUGGAUCAACUAUGCCCCGCAGGAACGCCAGGGUCACAUGGCCGCGCUGCUGAGCAAGGUGCGCCUGCUGUCAAUGUCCAGUAGUUACCUGGUAGAAACUGUGAUUAACAACAACCUGGUGAGGAAGUGUGUGUCGUGCAUGACCUUGGUGAUCGACGCCAUGAAGACCCUGCGAGAGGCCCAUCUGCAGCGACCUCUGACCCGCGCCCGCCUCCCCUCUGCGGUGCUCAUGACCAUCGGAGGCAGCGAGAAAGAAUGUUUGACGGACAGGAUGGACUUCUACGAUGUCCGAGCCGACUGCUGGCUGCCCAUGAACAGCCGGGAGAAGACCUUUAGAGUUCUGCACGGUUGCGUCUUCCUCAAUGGAUCCAUCUACUGUAUUGGAGGAACUGACCUGAGUAACAUUUUGAGCAGCGUGCGUAAGUUCGACCUCGUCAGCCACACCUGGCAGGAGUUGGUGCCCAUUCACAAACCCAGAAAAUGUGUGUGUGCGGUGGCUCUGAACGGAUGCAUUUAUGCCAUCGGAGGCACUGACGGGCGCGAACAGAAACUUGCAGAGCGGUUCCAGCCGGAAAACAACCGGUGGGAACUGAUCGCUCCGAUGCUCGAUUUCAGGAGUGACGCCUGCGCCGCGACGCUACACGGCAAGAUAUAUAUUUGCGGCGGUCUAGACAACGAAGAACCUCUGUCCUCUGCCGAGUGCUACAACCCCAAAACCAACGAGUGGACGAUGAUCGCCUCGAUGGACUGCGGCUGCGCUUCAGCUCGGGCUGUCGUCUACAGAGACAAAAUAUAUCUGGCUGGAGGCCACAUCAACGGCGCGUCUUUGUGCCGAGUCAUCGCCUACGAUCCUCUAUCAAACCAGUGGAGCACGAUGACUCCCAUGAUCUACGCUCGCAGGCACUUUGGCAUGGCGGUGCUGGAGGAGCAGCUGUAUGUGGCCGGAGGGUACAACAACGAGAGCGACCUCUGUAAGGUGGAGCGUUUCGAUGAAGACUCCAGCAGGUGGAGCGCAGUGCGGGACAUGGAGGCGCCUCUCUAUGGCUUCAGCUUCUGUGUGGUGGAGCGACAUUUUUACAAUGCUUCAAACCUGCCCAAAUUAACUACAGGGUUCCCGAUAUGUCCGUGA